UCUACGUUCAUUUUUUACUAAUUUACAUAACUAUAACAAUUAUUACCUAAGAAACGAUAAAAAAAAUAAUUUUAAUAAAAUGUCAUCCGCUCGUUUACCAAAAUCUUAUUUAAUUUUUCCUCAGUGGUCAGAUGUCGAGUUAAACGGCGAGAAAUGGGAUACAGAUCCAAAAAAAGAAGACGUCAAAAAGACGUUGCCGCUCCGAAGACAAACGAUCGGUUCACAAUCGAGUGCUUCAAUUAAAGCACCCUCCUUAAUUUUAGAUGAUCAAGUUGAAGAUUCGCAAAUGUGUUUAAUGCCGCCGAGUCUUGAAGGAUCAAUUGCUGAUUGGAAAAGACCCGCAGAAUUAUUUAGAGACGUUGAACUGCUCGUUUCAUCAACAUGCAUUAAACCGAUUGAGUUAAGAUUCGGUUCCAAUCACAUCCUUUACAGCGACUUCAUGCGUGAUUACGUCAGCGCAAUAACAAUUCUAGAAUAUUUUAGUUUACAAUCAGUUUGGCCCCUUGAAGGAGUUAACGCAACAUAUUUUCCAAACACCGAUGGUUUCCCCUGGAAACCUUGGCACCAUAUUUACGCCCUAUGCAAAGCUGGGAAAGGCCAACAACAUGCACCUAAAUAUAAUAAAAACGGUAAAUACGUCGUGAGGUUAUUUUGGAUGGGGUUUUGGCGAAAAGUAAUCGUUGAUGAUUCAGUCCCCGUUGAUUCCGAAGGAAAACCUCUUCUACCAAUGUAUCCAUUUACUCGGCCACCCCCACCACCGAAACCACCACCGGGUAAAGACCCAAAAGAUGCCAAAGAUUCAAAAAAAGGUAAAGGUAAAGAUAAAGAUAAAGGAAGUAAAAGUUCGAAAAAGAAAGUGACGGUUGUUGAAAAUCCUCAAUAUGAAAUAUGGCCGUUGAUUCUUUGUAAAGGUUUAUUAAAAAUCGCGGCGUUAUCUUGGAAAAACGACAACGAAAUCAACGAUUACAGUGCUAUUCAUUGUUUAACCGGGUGGAUUUAUCAAAAGUUAUUAGUGAAUAAUAUGAGUCCGAUGGAAAUUUGGGAUGUUUGUCAAGGAUACGCUCCUAAAUAUCUAUACCCCGACGAAGUUAUUGCGAAAGCUAAAGCGAGCGGGGUUAGCGCAAAAAAAAGUGAUUCAAAAAAAUCUAGUGGGAAAAGUUCGAAAAAAAGUGCUGCCAACGAAGUUUACGUUCCAGAAGAAGAAGAUACCACAAAAUUAUAUUGCUUAGUUGGAUUAUGUAAAGAUUUAAAAAGUGUUCUCGAUGAUUUUACUUUGGAUGAUAUCCCGGAAGAAUGGUGUCAAGAUAUUUUAAUCGAACAAUAUCGUGAUCAUCCUUUAGAAAGACCCAAAGAACUUCCAGUUUUAGCUCGUUGGAAACGUUUCCGUUGGUUAAAAUGGGCAAUAAGUAAAGGAUUAUGGCCCGCGGAAGAUUUGUCAAUACCAAUACGUUGUUUAAAAUUCUUCAGCAGUUUAAAUAAAUCCCCAGAUGAGCGACAACCGAAACCGGAUAUGUACCAAGAUAAAAAUCGAUCAAAUUUAAGACUUCGCAGUCGAUUAAGUUUGAAAAGCAUGAAAAGUUUGAAAAGUGCGAAAAGUAUAAGCAAAUCGUCCAUAAAAAGUGGAAAAAAAGGUGGAAAAAAUGCUAAAGUAAAAAUAGCGGUCGCCGAUAAGAGUCUUUGGGUUGAUUUCGCUGAUGUACAACAAAAGUUAAUUUCUUUAUCGGUUUAUUUUCGCCCAUCGGCGUUUAAUAGUGUUGUGAGGGUGUCUGAUUUUUUUCCUUUAGCAUCGGAUGCCCCACCACCAAAAGGUGGUAAAGAUAAAGGUAAAAAGGAUAAAGGUGGUGAUGAAAAAACAUGGGUUGAUGUUGGGUACCAACUAAGAGAAUCAACGAAUCAAUCUAGAAUGAUAGUCAUUAAUAAUUUAUCGCCUAAAUUCAUUGCUAUUAAUUUAACGAUUGCUGGGAAGGUUGAAAGAAUUUCGACUGAAAUUGAACCAGAAGAUUCCUCAUAUGGCUAUGUUUUAAUGACCGAAUUUUUUUGGUACACCCAUAAUUAUGGCCCGGCGAGAGCUUUCUUAAAAACAGACGGUACUAAAUCAACUUUGCUUCAUUUAAAGCCGGGUAAAACGGUUUUAAGAAUGUUUUUGAGGAGUACUAGGAAUUUUGUGAUAACGGUUCUAUCGAAUACUCAAAUUUCUUUUGGGCUAAUUAACGAAAUCCAGGAAGCGUUUACGCAAGAAUCGUUACUUUUACAACAAAUGACUCAAGAUGUUUGUACGGCUUUUGGAAAGUUAAUAAAUUCGUUUGGGACGGCGGAUUACGUGGAGUGCUCAAGAAAUUUCCAUAAACUAUAUCGAUCUAAUAUGCCACUAACUAAAAAAGAAAAUGAAACUUUGUACAAGGGGUUUAUUAAUGCGUUGAAAGAGUUUAUUAAGGAUCAAGAUUUAUUGUAUGCUUUGGGGAUAUUAUUUUUAGAUCCUAAUUUGAGGAGGCCCCCGAAAGAUGUAGACAAAUUUAGCGAAGUAUCCUUUGUCACUGAUCACAAAGUAAGCGGGGAUACAAUCGAUCCGAUUUUGCUAGAAAAAAUGAGGCAAAACGCUGCCAUUAAAUUACAAUCCUUUUUUAAAAUGAUUUGCGAACGAAAAUUAUUUCAAUUACAUAAACAACAAUCUCAAAAAUCCAAUAAUGUUUAUGAGAAAUUAAAAAAGAUUUAUACCGAUUAUUUUUCGGCCCAAAAAAGGCAAAAUUUUUGUUUGACUAUGUUAAGAAAUUUCUAUAUCAAUAAUGAUUUAUUGAAGUCUACGGAACUUUACGUUGAUAUAUUAAAAGUCCUCGAAUUUACCACGGUUACAGGUACAACAUUGGGUUAUUCAUGGACGUUCUUUACUCGGCAAAAAUUUAAUGUAACAAGCGAGCAACCGAUUCGAAUCAGAUACAGCUUUAGUUGCCAGUCGAAAUCGUCGAUUUUAAAAGUUUACAACAACGACACUUUUGAGGAGAUCCCGAAAAGUGUCGAUAUGCCAUUAAUAACUUAUUACAAAAAAAAUGAAAACGGUUAUACACUCCUUAGUUAUGGAUUAUGUGAUGAGCCGGUUAAAUUAUCGUGGAAAAUCUCGUUGAUGUGCCUUAAAAGAUCGACCCAAACGGUCGUAUUAAACGAAGACGUCCCAACUUUAAUUACUUUAUGUCAAAUUUAUCGCCCAAACGUUAAAAAUAUUAUACUUCGUUGCAUUUUGGAAGUUUAUCAAAACACCUAUAUCACAGUUCGAUUAGCAACAUCCGGGAAAUACUCGGAUAUCACUUUAACUUUGUACGAUGAGAACAAAAAGUUGGUGAAUAAAAUAAGAGGAAUACAAAAUAUUAUUUUACCUUUAACGAGAAUCGGAGAAGGCAUGAAAUCGCCGAGUUUAGAGGCAAUUGUUAAAGAUAAAAAGACGCGAACUUCUACGGCCAAAUUAAAACAAAACGUAUCAAAAUUAAAAUCAGUCCCAACUUUUUCAACGGAGGAAUCAAAACAAUUUUUUAUUGAAGCAACGGUCGAACCUAACACUUGGCCCUUAACGGCGUCCGAGUGGCUCACAACGAAAUUAGAAAGUAAAAAGUACUUAUUAUUCCCGACCGAUAUAACAAUUUCGGAUAGUAGUCUUUAUAAAAAUUUAAAAACCGCUUCGGUUAUGUUAAAAUCGGAAUCGACCAAACUAACUCCUUAUUGGCAAUUAACCGUUAUUCAUGGUUCGAAAGAUUCGGUGAUUUUACGCGAAGAUUUAACCCGGAGGGAGGAAAUAAACGCGAUUAAAAACGCUUGGUACGAAAACGACCCCGAUAGAAGGUUAAGAUCGAUCGAACUCCGAGAGAAUUAUCUUCAUAGUAUUUGCGAAAAAGCCGCCGAUUAUUGCAAUGAAUCGAAAGAGGUUGAAGUUGGAAUUAUUUCCGAACACAGCGUCGCUUCAGAUGUUUUAUUACAUAAAUGGAUACCCGAAACUUUAAUGUUACCGAGAUUUGCGCUUUGUGAUUAUUAUUCACGAGAAGAAUAUGAAGAACCUAUAUAUCCAAAAUUAGAUGAAUGGGAAAUUCAUGUCGAAGAACAAGUUGAUAAAGAAUCCUUGGAAGCUGCGGAAUUAUUUGCGGAAUGUAACGAUAGAAUGGAGUACAUCAUGGAGACGCAAGUGGAAGUUUGUGCGCACAUUAGAGAUUGGUAUAACGAAUGUCGAGAUGAUUCAUCCGAAAUGAUUAAAAAAGCUUACGAUGCACGACAAAGAUACCUAAAUGUUUUAAUGGCGCUUAUGGGUGGUGGUGCAACUGAUGAUGCAAAAGAAAAAAAGAAAGGCGGAAAAAAGAAAUAAUUUUUUUCUCUUUUUUGAUCGUUAAACUGUUAAUUAAUUUCUGGAAUAGAUCGAAGAUAAUCCGGAUUAUAAUGGCCGGUCUGUCAAUCAAAAUGAGAGGCGAAACCCCUCAUUUGCAAAGUGGAUUUCUGGGAAAUUGGUGGGAUGCUGUCAUUCACAUUGUUAUUUGAUUGAAAUAUCUACCCGUUAUGCUGAUUUAAUUUCAUUUAGUCAUAAAUGAUGAAUUUUAAUUGUAUGAAGAAAUCAAUACAGUUAAAUUUAAACAGUU